AUGUACAUACACUCAUAUAUACACUUGUAUAAUAUACACAGUGCUUUCAUGAAAUACAUGUAUAUAUUAUCAUUGUGAUUCAAUGGAGUUUCAUGAGUCAUACCCCUCAUGUCUCCAGAGCAUUUGGUAAGAACCUCUAAAAUAAACCUUCAGUGAAGGAAACGUUUGCUUUCCUGUUCAUUUUGGUAGUAUCUCAAGUGUUGGGGAUCGCAGGGAUGCUGGAGGUUCUAUUGUGUGUAGAAAGCCUGUAGACAGAAUGCUCAAUUUGGUUGUGGCAACUGCAGCACUUUUUUGAAGCAAGCUAGGAUAGUGGUGAUCUUUAGCUUUUGUUUACUUAAGGGAGACUCUGCUACAAUUAAUUGCCUUAUUUGAGCUACCAAUAAUGGAGCUUGUAGGCAACAUACCCUAGUUUAUUUUAUAAUUUUGUUUCAGUCUUAUUUUUUUAAUCUAGGACAAGCUUAGAUUAGAAACAUCCAACUGGCAGCAGAAAUAGCCCCAUCAGCACUGUAGGUCAGUGGUGUGCUGAGCAGCCUUGACCUAAUUUUGACAGACACCUGUCACAUGGCACAACUGAAAUGUAAAACCUGUUUUUGGAUGUCUGGUCACUUAUGUGUGGACUCUGAAAAUGGAAUGUAUGUGUGCUCACAUCAGCUCACAUAUCAAAGAUCUGGAAAACCCAGCUGCUGUGUGGCCUUUUGCUUUCCUUAUUUACCUGAAUCCUAACUGACACCUAGGGGAAUGUUUGUAUUCCCUCUCCUACCUCUGCAUUCACCCUCUUGAACCUCAGCUUUAAGAGUAGCCAUUACCAGGUGACACUAUGUCUAAAUCUAGAUAGACUUGGAUCUGUUUUUUAUUCUCAUUUGAUACACUGUUUUGUUUUUUUUUCUUUUUUUACCAUUAGGUUUUUAGAUUUGAUCACAGUACUUUUCCUCUCUUCCUGAAGAAAAUGAAGGUGCUCAGACCAAUUCUGGUUGGGAUUAUUUAUGAGUAAAUAGAAGAUUAUACUUAUUACAGACCAAACUGACAGUAGCAGGAAGCUUUAGCAUAUCCAGUGGUCAAAACUUUGUUGUGAUAAUAAGACCCAGAAGCAAGGUGCAAGGUUAAAAGUAAUUCUCUUUUUCCCUUGCAGAGCCAGUGUCUUGGAAGUAUGAAGGUUCAGUGGCUUGGAAAAUGAAAGCAUUAGUAGAAAGGAGGAGAAGUGCUCCAUCUCUUCUCCUGGAUAAAGCCCUGCAAAAACAGCCUACAACCAGCAGGGAAAGUCCUUCUGCUAGCAUCGACACAUGCACAUUUCUGUCAUCAUUUGUGUGCUCCAAUAGGACUCUGCUGAUUGAUGGCCGGGUAGAACUCAAAAGAGGCCUCCAGAGGCAGGAACGGCAUCUUUUCCUAUUCAAUGAUCUAUUUGUUGUGGCCAAAAUCAAGUAUAAUAAUAACUUUAAGAUUAAAAACAAAAUUAAAUUAACUGAUAUGUGGAUAGCAAGCUGUGUGGAUGAAGUGGGAGAAGGCAACACCAAUACUAUGAAAUCCUUUGUCUUGGGCUGGCCCACUCUGAACUUUGUGGCCACUUUCAGUUCUCCAGAACAAAAGGACAAAUGGCUCUCUCUCCUUCAAAGAUACAUCAAUCUAGAGAAAGAGAAGGACUACCCGAAGAGCAUUCCCCUCAAAAUCUUCGCCAAGGACAUUGGGAAUUGUGUCUAUUCUAAAACUAUAACAGUAAAGAAUUCAGAUACAGCGAAUGAAGUUAUCAACAUGUUAUUUUCAAUGCUAGGGAUAACUGGCUCUGAGAGAGAUUACCAGUUAUGGGUCAAUUCUGGCAAGGAAGAUGCACCAUACCCACUCAUUGGGCAUGAAUAUCCCUAUGGAAUUAAAAUGAGCCAUCUUCGAGACACUGCACUUUUGACACCAGGAACAAAGGACUCAACUACCCCUUUCAACUUCCAAGAGCCCUUCCUCAUGGAAGAGCUGCCCCGAGAGAUGCAGUGCCAGUUUAUCCUGAAGCCCAGCCGCCUGGCUGCAGCCCAGCAACUGAGUGAUUCAGGUCACAAGACAUUUAAAAGGAGAAGAUCCAUCAUAAACUGGGCCUUUUGGCGGGGUUCUGCCACUCACCUGGACAACUUACCCUUGUCACCGCCAACAUCUCCUCCUGUGGCAGGACAGCUCUUUGGAGUUUCUCUGACAAAUAUUUGUGAGAAUGACAAUCUGCCCAGGCCUAUCUUGGAUGUGCUUUUGUUUCUUAAUGAAAAAGGACCCCUCACAAAAGGCAUCUUCAGGCAACCGGCCAAUAUGAGAUCCUGCAGGGAAUUAAAAGAGAAACUGAAUUCUGGAGUUGAAGUACAACUAGACUGUGAAACUGCUUUUGUGUUAGCAUGUGUCUUAAAGGAUUUUCUACGAAAUAUUCCAGGAAGUAUUUUUUCGUCAGAUCUCUAUGAUCGCUGGGUCUGUGUAAUGGAUCAAGGAAAUGAUGAAGAGAAAAUAAAUACAAUUCAAAGGCUAUUAGACCAGCUUCCAAGAGCCAAUGUUGUUCUCCUAAGGUAUCUUUUUGGGUUAUUACACAACAUUGAGCAACAUUCUUCAUCCAAUCAGAUGAAUGCAUUUAAUUUAGCGGUGUGUAUCGCUCCAAGUGUUCUUUGGCCUCCUACUUCCUGCAGCCCAGAACUAGAAAAUGAAUUUACAAAAAAGAUUACCUUGCUUUUACAAUUCCUGAUUGAAAAUUGCUGUAGGAUAUUUGGAGAAGAAAUCACUUCCCUCUUCGGAGAGGUUUCAGGGAGAUGUGACACUAGAGGAAACACCUCAGAUAUUUCUCGCUUCCAACUGAGUGACUCCUCGUAUGACAGCUUGGAAAAUGAACUAAAUGAGGAUGUUGAUACCCCAUGCAGCAACCUGGUAAAGAAACUUGGCCAGGGGAGCAGAAGCAUGGACUCUAUUUUAACAUUCAGUGACUACGACUUCGACCAACCUGACGUGGAAGACCUUUUAACCCUGAAUGACUUUGACUUAGACCAUCCUAAAGAAGAACAUGCUCAAAUGGAACACCCUCUUGAAUCCAAGCCGGUGAAUGUUAGAAUGUGCAUGAAUAUCCUGCCUCAGGAUCCUGCUGAGGCCCCGUCUGGCACACCCCACCACCUGUCCACCGCUGCAGCAGAUGCUGCAAAAAUCAUGAGGCGAAACCGGCGCUGCUCAGAGCCCAGCAUCCACUAUCUGGAUUCAAAGCUUUCCUAUCUCAGGGAGUUUUAUCAGAAAAAGCUACGCAAGUCCAGCUGUGAUGCAGUUCUCUGUCAAAAAGAUGAGGACUAUCUGAAGCAGAAUCAACCCCUCCAGGAAGGGGUUAAGACAUGUUUUAAACAGAGCCUAUUCACAAGCACUGAUACCAGCAAGAAAAAUUCCACUAAUCAAAACAUUAAGAAGAAAAGCCUGUCUGGUAAUGAAGGAAAUUAUUUAAAGCUUUACCAUAAGUCCAAGCCAUUGGCCAUUUCUGUGUCCUCACAGGAUCAUUCCAAGAACCAGCUGUUUGAUGUGGACACAUCUGGAUGCUCCCCGCCACACACAGCAGAUGCCCUCAAGAGUUCAAGGAAACACCGGCGCUGCUCAGAGCCCAUCAUAGAUGACCAGAAAGGCAAGCUGUCUCUUCUCUGGGGGGUUUGUUCAAAGCAGCAUAAAAGCAGCUGGGAAUCUGUUCUCUCACAUGAAGAGGAUUACCUCAAACGGCAUAAGUUUUUGCAGAUAGAGGGACAAAAGCUUAUUAGUCAGAGUUUGGUCCUGGGGAUUGAGGUGGGCAAGAGUAGCGCCACAAACCAAAACACUGAGAAGGUUUUACCCCCAAGAUUAAACCUUUACCCAAGGACUAGCUAUUCCAGCUUAUCCUCUCCAGGCACUUCCCCAUCAGGCACACCUGUGAGCUCCCAGGACAGUGCUUUUUCUCAGAUUUCUGAACACUCCCUGUUUACACCCAUUGAAACUUCCUCUCCUAUAGAUUGUAGUUUUCAGGCUCAAAGAAAACAAGAAAAACUUUCUUCUGACUCUAGCAGUUCCAGCCUUGUUUCUGGAAUGCCUGGUCCCUCAUUAGGACAGGCCAGCAGUUACCCGGCGUAUACUAAAAAGGACACCAAAGAAUGGCAUUCACAAACACAUUCUGUCACUCUCCAUCCCACCACGUGGUUGAGAAAUGGUGUGGCCAGUUUGAAAAACUGGUCCCUCAAAAAGAAAGCAAAGGCUGCCAGACCAGAGGAAAAGAAUAUAGAUUCUUUAAAAGGACCCUGGGAGCUACCUCCAAAUGCUUCUGGUGUUCUAGAAGACAUCUCACUGCAAGAGAAACAGAAUGACAUUCCCUUAGGGGCAGCUGAGGGACUGGGAGCUGUGCAGUCAGCCCAGUGGUGUAGUUCUUCUCCCUGCCAGGACUCAGGCGGACGCUGCAGCUCUCGAUUCAGCCUGGUGGAAAGCAAACUCAAGCUGUGUAUGAAGUCACAUGAGAAAGUAGAGCAUGGUGGCCAGGGCUCUUCCCUGCCUUGUGAAAGAGCCUCAGCCAGCUCUUGGACUGUGGAGGCUUUGGCCAGCCCAGAUUCAGGGCCUGCAGUGGUCUGUGAUGUUGGGGACAAACAUUUAACCAAAGACAUUUAACCACAAUAAGAAACUGAUGUCCACAAGAACAGGAACUGGGAUAACAACAUAAAGAAAAUAAUUGUUAUGACCCCUUUGUAUAAGUUACCUGGGAGAGGUAGCAUAUGGAUAAUCAUUGCUAAUACUUAAUAUUUAAGAGAAUUAUUUUGCUGCCCUAAGACUAUUUUGCAAAAACGUCAUGGUAAAAAAUUCUGUAACUUAAGUGUGGAGGCUUUCCCUUACUAAAGCACGGGAUUGGUCCUGUCAUGCACUUCCAAAGAUACGAGCAGAGGACUAGAGAAAGCAUCUUCUGUAGAGGAAGCGUGCUUGUGUGAACAGUCUGUGAGAUUAGUGUCCUGAGUCACAAAUGAGGAAUAAGGGACUGGGGAGAGAGGAGAAGUUGUACAGAGAAACCAUCCUCAUUUUAAUAAGUAGGCAGCAAAAAUGCUACUAAUCAAAGUAUUAAGAAGAAAAGCACAUCUGAUAAUGAAGUAAAUCACGUAAAACUUUUCCCUAAAUCUAAGCCAGUGGCCAUUUCUGUGGCAUUUUACAGUCACAUGUCCUCACAGAAUCAUUCCAGGAACCAGCCCGUUCAUGCAGCUGGAGUGGAAAAAGUAGUGAUUCAAGAACCCUGGGUACCGUGAUGUCAGUUUUUUGUUUGUUUUUUUUCUUUUUGGCUCCAUUUAUUGAUUUGUUUUUUUUCAUUAGUGAUGAAGUACUUUACAGAGGCUUCAGGAAAAAGAGCUGUGAGGGAAAAGGAAGUGGUGGUUCAUGAUACCCUAGUCCUCUCAGGAUUCCUAGUGCUUUAAUAAGGGAAAGCCUCCCAAACACUUAGGUGACAUAACUCUUUAGCAUUACAUUUUUGCCAAAUAAUCUGCCCUUUCAAAGGUGUCUGUUCUAGGAACAUUAUUCAGAAAUACAACUUCUCCUAUUUAUUCUAUUAAUUUUCCUAUUUAGAAGGUGACCUCCUGACAGCAUUCACUAUCUUAGUGUUGAGGAAAAGACCGUAAUAACUGUCCUUUCUCAGUUACACAAAUACUGUUACAAGCAUGUGAUCAAAGCAUGGCACCUCUGUGCUGAAAUGUUUCCCUGCAGUCCUGCCCCUUGGAUUACAUUCAGACAGAAAAAGUUAUUUAUAAAUCAUUCUUUUUCUGAUGUUUGCAGUUUGGCAUUUGAGAGAGCGAUUUAGAGUUUGGCAGGUUACAAAGAGUCACAGAAUAGAAUAUCUCACCAAGUGGUUGCCAGGCUUUCUGAGACAGUCAUUGUCUUUGGUUUUGUUACUUCUAGGAGUUUUUUCAUAUUUUUGUACCAUGGUUCAUGGCUUAUACCCCAUCAGUUUAUUUCAUAUUCAUGGACCUUUUUCCUGUCUCUUGACUUAAAGGCCAUAACAAUACAUCUCCUCACCUAGGAAUAGAUUGUCAGGUCUUGCCAACCAACAUGAAGGGGUGGCACUAAAAGCAGAUGUGUAUGUUCCCUCACAUUAACUACUUACCUACAAGAAGUUGCUCAGAGCCCAUUUGAUCUCUCUAGUCCACCAUCAGAUGGACCUUUCUCCCACAAAACAGGUUAUUCCAAAUUGCUUUUCUUAUCACCAGGAAACUGUCAUAUCAAAUGUUCUUUCCCUGUUGUCCUAAAGUUAUGGGAGAAAAAAGUAUUUUCUUUAAAGAUUGAAGAAGUUAUUUCAGUAUUAGCUAUAUAGGUGCUACCUACCUCCUGGAGGCAUGGCCCCGUUUGCCCUAAUGAUAAUUAACAUUCAGAACUCUGUGUCCAAAGAGCUCCUUCAUGACACUGGCCAUCUCAGUUACAGAUAUCAAGUCAAUUUCACCUUAUAACUAACCACUCCCAUAUAUCAAGAUUAAGUAUCCAUAUGUAUCUUCUGUAUAAUAUAUAAAGUCAGCAGGGACUCCCCUUACCCUUAGGGCAUACUACUGUCAGAACUGCAAGAUGUGCAUCCUUCCUAGGGGACCAGGAAAAAUAAAAUAAACUACAAGAUUUGAAUGAAACUCUUAGAGCUUGGAGUGUCUUUCUGGAAGAAAUUGCUUCUCUAUUUACCAAAAUAAUAGUUCUAGCAUUUUUUUCUUUAAUAUUGGCAGGUAGAAAAUCAUCCACCCAAUUUGAAGCAUUGAAGAAAAUAAUUGCUGAGGUUUUUUUUUUUUUAAGUAACCAUUCCUGCUCUCUGUUCCCUUAGAUACUCCUGCAAUACUUAAUGUGAAGUUUGUUAAUAUUGUUGUAAAGUAUUAUAUAUUGUAUGAUUUGAAGACAGAUUACAUGUCAUUUUAAUAUACUCCAAUCUAUAAUAUAUUAGACUGAUGCUUUAUCUAAAAGGCUUUGAGUUUGUAUAAUAUAUCUUGACAAAUUUUACUACCAUAUGUUAUGUAAUAAAUGUGUAUUUUUGUACUUGCAGAAACUGCUGCUAACUUUUAAAGUUGUUUGGUUUUCAGGCACUGAUAAUGGAUAUUUAUGAAGUCCAUGCUAUCUGUUAAAUAAAAUGCCAUUCUGCAGAGGCAACAAUCUCACCAGAGCAGUAUUGCCCAUUGUAAAAUUGUUCUAGUAAAUGAGCCAAAUCUCUGCCUAACAUUGAAAAUUUCAUAGAAUAUAUUUAAUAUUGAAUUGGAACUUGGAGCUUUUAGUCAGAAACCAACAGUCAGUCUUUUUUUAAAAAAAAAAAAGAUUUUUCUUCUUUUAUAUUUCUCUAAUCUUAUUUACUAAACAAGUCAUGUUUUAGACACAAAAUCUUCAUUUUCUUUAUUUUUAAAAUUUAAUAACAAAGACUCAGAUUAAGAAAAAAAUUGCCACAGAUAGGAUUAAAAGAAUUUAAAUCUAUAUAAAAAUAAUUCAUCCAAAUUGAUGAAAAUAGGCAUGAUGUUUUCAUUGUGCUCCUAGAAUGAGAUGUAGUCAGUAUUCUUAUAUCAAAAGAACAUCAGCUCACUUUAAUUGAUUGUAUGAGAUUCUCUUUUCUAACAUUGGACCAUUCUGACCAGAGCACCCAGUUGACCCCAGACACAUACCAAGACAUUAGUGCUUUUCAGGUCACAUAAACUUAUUAUGACUGGAUUCUCAUGACUGCUGCAUCUUUGCCUUUCAGAAUUCAGAAUUUACACAAGGUCCCUCUAUGUAAAUUUAAUUGCCAUUUCAAAGGGUUUCAGAAAAAUAGACCUUAGUCCAGAAAAAAUUACUUUUUUUGCUCCAAUUGGCAGUGAAGAUUAUAACUCCUCUCUGUUGGAAAUGGCGCUGGUUAUAUUUGGGCAAUGUAUAAUACACUGAUGUUAAUUUCUCUCUAAAUUUUACAGAAAUAAAGAAUUUGCUUUUAUAAAAGAAUAUCACUUGAUGCUUUCUGAUCUUAAAAAAUAGUCUACUAAAAACAUUGGAUUUAAGAAAUUAUCUCUUGUGCUUUUCUGCUUUUCAUGAUAUGACAUUGAAUUUGAAAGGAACUAAUUAAUGUAUCUUUGAAUGAACUGCAUAUUUUUUCUGUUGAAAAAUCAUUCUAAAGCAUAUUAUGUAUCUUGAUCUAAAUUCUUGUAGUAGGUGUUUAACUCGUAUUUCCUAGCAGGUUAUGUUUUAAUGACUUGAGAGGACAUCUCUGCAACUGCCUUUUUCAGUGCAAAGAAAAAUUUAUUAAAAGGAUUCUUUUAGUAAAUAAGUUUCAUUCCCUGAAUAAUAAAGUUGGGUACAAUGU